GAACUUUUGACAAUUGCUGAUGCAGUGAGGGAAGAAGUGCUUGCAUGAGGUGAGGUGAGGUGGCCCAUCUGGCCCCUCUCAGCAUCCGCAAAUUGCAGGUGAUGAGUCACCACCUUGAUCAAACCAAGACCCAGCUCCUUAAUUUCUUUGAAAUUUUCACUAUGACGAUGAAUCAAUGAUGAUAAUGAUCGGUGCUCUUAUAGGAUUCAUUUGGGUAUGAGGUUUCAACGUUAAUCUGAUCUUUAAAGGGACACAGAGGGAUAAAGAUGGUGCUGGUGUUGGCUUUAGGGGACCUUCACAUUCCCCACAGGGCUCCUGAUCUGCCCGCAAAGUUCAAGUCCAUGCUUGUUCCAGGCAAGAUCCAGCACGGCAUUUGCACGGGUAAUCUUUGUGUUAAAGAAGUUCAUGACUAUUUGAAGACUAUAUGUCCUGACUUGCAUAUUACACGAGGUGAAUAUGAUGAGCAGACGCAUUUUCCUGAAUCCAAAACACUCACCAUUGGUCAAUUCAAGCUCGGAGUAUGCCAUGGUCAUCAGGUUAUUCCCUGGGGUGACCUCGAUUCACUAGCCAUGCUCCAGAGGCAGUUGGACGUGGACAUUCUUGUAACAGGUCAUACACACCAGUUCACAGCCUACAAACAUGAGGGCGGUGUGGUUAUAAACCCGGGCUCUGCCACCGGUGCCUACAGCAGCAUCACCUAUGAUGUUAACCCCAGUUUCGUUCUCAUGGACAUCGAUGGCCUGCGCGUUGUGGUAUAUGUUUAUGAACUCAUAGACGGAGACGUUAAGGUUGACAAGAUUGAUUUUAAGAAGACAGCUGCCUCAACUCAUUCAGCUCACUGAUUUCAUGGCUUGUCGCUUAAAUCUUUAUAAGACUUGGUUAGGGAUUCGUUGGAUCCUGAUGGUUCAUGUGUCACUGAUGGAAAGCUUUUGUUUUACACGGUAGUGAUUUGUAAAGACCAAUUUUAAAUCAUUAGCAUAUAUCUGUAUUUUAUUCUUCUCUAA